UUCCCAUUCUUCAUCCGCCUCCCUCUCUUUCUUCCCCCUCCAGACAAGAAAUUCCCAGUUUUUCUGUAUCUCUCAAUUACCGACGGGAGAAUCCUUCCCUCAGAUUCCUCUUCCUUUCCCUCUCUCGGUUUUUUGUUAGCGUGCAGAAUGCCCGGCGAGACAUCAGUCAUCUACUUUUCCACGCUUUCCUCAAUUUGUCUCCCCAAAGAUACAACUAUUCUUGCCUCCUCCUCUUCACUCUCCGCUCUUUCUAAAUUCCCAUCUUUUAGUAGUAAACAAUUACCUCUUCGGUCGUUCCGCUUCGUCCCAAAAGCCUCAGGUUCGGGCCACUUUCUAGGCGAUGAAGCCUUUGGACACUAUCCCUGGGAAUCCUCCUCUGAUUCUGGCGACUCAUCCAUUCAAUGGGUUCCCGAAGAGAGAGUCACAUUAUUCACUGCUGAUGGGCUUAUUCAAAUAGGAGGAAAUCUGGUGCCACGGCGAAUUACUUCCGGUGACAAGAAGUAUGAAAAGAUUAAAACAUUACAAAGAAUCCAACGGUUUCAAGAAAGUGAUUAUAUGGAUCCUAGUCAAGGCUUGUGCUUGGGUGCUCUCUUUGAUAUUGCAGCAACAAAUGGACUUGACACGGGUAGAAGGCUUUGUAUUUUUGGCUUCUGUCGUUCCGUUGAGAUGCUCAGUGAUGUCGUUGAAGACACUGUGUUGGAGCAUGGUGGAGAGGUUGUUGCCGCAGAAAAAGCAAGCAAAGGCGGUCUGCAUGAAAAGCUAACCAUGACUGUUGCUGUACCCCUACUUUGGGGUGUUCCCCCAGCCUCAGAAACACUCCACCUUGCAGUUCGGAGUGGUGGAGGGAUUGUGGAGAAGGUAUAUUGGCAGUGGGACUUUGUGUAGAUGAAUUACUGGCUCCUCUGACCAUUGUUUGUAGUUGUACAUAAUAUCAUCUGCUUCUAUGUAUAGGACAAUUCAAGAUGUACAUUUGAUGUCAAUAUGAUUCCCCUCAUUGUUUGCAGUGAUAUUUUUAUGUUUGUCAGCGCUUCA